GUAUUUAUGAUGAUGAUCCUGAAAUUAUAACAUUGGAUAGAGGAGAAUUUGAUGCUGCUGUUAACUCGGGAGAAUUAUGGUUUGUCAAUUUUUAUUCUCCUCGAUGCUCCCACUGCCAUGAGUUAGCACCUACGUGGAGGGAGUUUGCUAAGGAGAUGGAUGGAGUAAUACGCAUUGGAGCUGUCAAUUGUGGAGAUAAUAGAAUGCUUUGUCGAAUUAAAGGGAUUAACAGUUAUCCCAGUCUGUAUGUUUUCAAAACCGGAAUGCAACCAGUGAAAUAUUAUGGAGAUAGGUCAAAAGAGAGCUUAAAGAACUUUGCCAUGCAAUAUGUUACAAGUACAGUCACCGAGUUAUGGGCAGGAAACUUUGUUAAUGCCAUUGAAACUUCAUUUGCUUCUGGUCUUGGUUGGCUGAUCACCUUCUGUGCUGAGCGUGGGGAUUGCUUGAGUUACCAAACACGCCUUAAGCUAGCUGGCAUGUUGGAAGGUCUUGUUAAUGUAGGCUGGAUGGACUGUGGCACCCAGGGUGAGCUUUGUGAUAAUUUAGAUAUCUCAUCUAGUACUACAGCAUACUUUCCACCUGGAGCCACCAUAAAUAACAAAGAGAAAGGAGGUGUUUUGUUUCUUAAGUCCUUGGAUGCCAGAGAAAUAUAUCAGGAAGUAAUGCAGCAUCUGCCAGACUUCGAAGUUAUCUCUGCAGCAUCAUUAGAGGACCAUCUGGCUCAUCACCGAUGGCUGCUGUUCUUCCAGUUUGGGGAGAGUGAUAAAUCGAAUGUACAGGAAUUUAAAAAACUUAAAUUUUUACUUAAAGAUGAACAUAUUCAGGUUGGCAAGUUUGACUGUCUUUCCUCACCAACCAUCUGCAACAAACUAUAUGUCUAUCAGCCUUGUUUAGCAGUCUUCAAAGGAAAAGGAACUGGAGAUUAUGAAAUUCAUCAUGGAAAGAAGAUCUUAUAUGACAUUGUUGCAUUUGCCAAAGAAAGUGUCAACUCUCAUGUUAUCACACUGGGGCCUCAGAAUUUUCCUGACAAAGAAAAGGAGCCAUGGCUUGUGGAUUUCUUUGCACCGUGGUGUCCUCCUUGUCGAGCUUUGUUACCAGAGCUGAGGAAAGCAUCAAAACAUCUUUAUGGUCAGCUUAAAUUUGGAACACUAGACUGUACUGUCCAUGAAGGGCUCUGCAACAUGCAUAACAUUCGAGCUUAUCCAACAACAGUUGUGUUCAAUCAGUCUGACAUUCAUGAGUAUGAAGGACAUCACUCUGCUGAGCAGAUCUUGGAGUUUAUAGAGGAUCUUAGGAAUCCAUCAGUGGUCUCCCUAACACCAGAGACAUUUGUUGAAUUAGUUCAGAGAAGAAAACGAGAGGAAAUCUGGAUGGUUGACUUCUACGCUCCGUGGUGUGGACCGUGUCAGGCUUUAAUGCCAGAAUGGAAAAAAAUGGCCAGGAUGUUAAAUGGAUUAAUCAGUGUAGGCAGUGUGGAUUGUCAAAAAUAUUAUUCUUUCUGUCAUCAAGAAAGUGUUCGAGGAUAUCCUGAAAUAAGACUCUUUCCUCAAAAAUCAAACACAGCUCAUCAAUAUUAUAGCUACAAUGGAUGGCACAGAGAUUCAUAUUCACUGAGAGGCUGGGCAUUGGGAUACUUACCACAAGUGUCUGUAGACCUGACUCCUCAGAGUUUCACAGAAAAAGUUCUGAAUGGAAAAGAUCACUGGGUCAUUGAUUUUUAUGCUCCUUGGUGUGGACCUUGUCAAAAUUUUGCUCCUGAAUUUGAGAUCCUUGCAAGGACUGUUAAAGGAAAAGUAAAAGCUGGAAAAGUAGACUGUCAGAUGUAUGCUCAGACCUGUCAAACCGCUGAUAUCAGAGCCUAUCCUACUGUUAAGUUUUACCCCUACCAAGGAACAAAGAAAAAUGUUCUUGGCGAAUAUAUAGACAGCAGAGAUGCAAAAGGUAUUGCUGACCUUUUGAAUGAAAAAUUAGAAGCAAUUCAAAAUAAAGGAAAAAGAAAAAAAUCUAGAAAUAAGGAUGAACUGUAAUUGGUACUGGAGGUAGAUCCGAUACAAAAUAUUCUGAAGCUGUGAAUAUAGAAGACACCACGAGGGAAAUAUAAGGCUGAUUACCUUUCAUGACAGGACAAAAAAGAUGAAAACCAGUUUGAAUUCACAGGCAUAUAUGACUGUAUGAAUUCUCUUUAAACUGUGGGGAGAUGAAAGCAUUUUGGUUUUGGUGGAGGUAUUCAGUGUUUCUGCAAGUGAAUUCUGCAUGUCCCUCUUCUGAUACACCAACUACGUUCUUCCUAGUCAAACAUUGGCAUUGACCAGAAAUGUAGACUGUAUCCCUUUGCCUACCCAGUUACUAGUUCCUUAUACUUUUCUGUCUCUUUUCAAACACUUUUGGAAUGUGGCACUCAGCCUGUGGCUGAAUAUGCACUCAAACCAACCACUCUGCAAUGCAGAAACACAAUGAGGGAUUGUCUGUUUGAAAGACAGAGUUUUAUCUGAUGAUUAUUCUGCUUUGGGGUUGCAUUAUUGUCUAGUCA